ACGCAGUUGGUGGUUCGGGUGGAAGGAGUUUUCGCGGGUUCCGGGGGGAAACUGGAGCGAAGGCGAAGAAUCCUCGCCGCUCGCGCCUUCUCAGUUCCCACUCACCAAUCGUCAGUCGUCGGUCUGCCCGACAGUUUGCGUUAUUCUCCAGCAAACUUCAUUGCGAAUAUCGUAGACUUUAUUCUCCCACCGGCCGCCGAUUUCAUUUUCAACCGACUUAGAGAAAAUCUCGAAUUUGUCCAGGAUCAUUAAUAUUUUAAAAUGGCAACAACUAAAAUUGACCAAAAGGAGGAUGAUUCACUUUGGGAUAUUAGUGUGUGUAAUAAAAGUUGGGUAGACAUUGUUGAAGAAACCAAAAGUGAUGAACUGAAAGUUAAAAUUAAAGACAACACGAUCACGAAGGAGACGCGUGUAACUAGACACAGUUUGAAAAUUUUAUCUGAAAAAGUUAUCGAAGAGUCGUCUAAACAUGGAGUGAUUGACAUUAACAACACUGAAGUCCUGAAGUCGGAUCAACUACCCAACUUUGGAAAACACCUACAAGCAACACCUGAGAAAGUCUCUGUGAAAAACGAAAGACAAGAUUUUCUACAGGAUGACUUAAGUCUCACUGGUCAUUUAGACAAAUUCAACUUGGUUAGUCCCUGUAAAGUAGACAAGACUGAAUGCCUGAAGAACAGAGUCAGUCCGAGGGUGAAGCGGACUCCUACGAACGGCGAGUCGAAUAAAAGAAAAUUUCCGAUCUUUGAUAAUAAAUCUGAAGGCAAUGAUGACAUGUUAAUGCCGAGCCCGAGUAAAAUUCCAAGAUCAACACCUUCAUCUACAAAAAGGGAUAAAGGGAGAAAACGACUUCGAGAUUUGGGAGGAACACCAAACAGUGAUAAAAAAAAGAGGGAAGCUGAAACUGAUCCUGAAGUUAUUGCUAGGAGACAAAAACAAAUUGAUUAUGGGAAGAAUACUAUAGGUUAUGACAGAUACACUCAACUUGUACCGAGGGAUGCAAGAACAAAAAUCCACCCCAAGACGCCACCAAUCCAUUUAAAAUUCAGCCGAAGGGCCUGGGAUGGUCUGGUAAAAGUUUGGAGGCAACGAUUGCAUUUUUGGGAUCCUCCAUCUGAAGGAGGGGGCAAUCCCGAUUGUUUGGAGAUAAGUGACUUUUCUGACUAUUCAUCAACGGAAGGUUCACUUCCUUCUACUCCUGUCCAAGAAUGGAAACGGCAAAGGAAUUCCAGGGCCAUGAAGAAGUUGAUUCCAGAAAAUAAGGAAGAGGUAGUGGAAGUUGAUUUUGCUAAUCAGGGUUGCACCCCAUUGGCCGAUUAAUUUUAUUUCCAUUAUUUUGCAGUUUAAUUUUUUUUUUAGCCUCUUCAUUUUAAAAUGUAUUUAUUUAGUGUAGUUAUGCUCUUAAUUAUGACCUUUUGGAUUCAUGAAUUUUCAGAAAUAUAAGUUUGUAUAUCUCAUUUGGUAUUUUUAUUUUGUGGAAACAAAUACGGAUAUUUUAAUAUAUUGUAACUUUUGUAAUAAUUAAACAUUACUUGUACUUUUUUAGUUAUUCAAUUCUUCAUAAAGCAGUAUUUUCCGAAAAUUUAGAGGCAUGAGAGCAAAAGUGUAUUAUAAACAUAUUACAUACUGUUUUUUUGUUUUUAUACAAGUAUGUAGUAUGUAGUUGUACUUGUGUUUUGUAUUCUAAAUUAAAUUUAUUAUUUAUCGUUUUACUA